AUGUUUUCGUCAAAAUGGGCUCCCAAGCCAGAGGAAACGCCCGAAGAAAAGCCCGCUGAGACAGCACCACGACCCGCGCAGCAAACAGAGCCGCCACCAGCUCCGGAACCGAAAGCUGUUGACCCACCUCCACCUGCGGAAUCGUAUGCGCCGCCACCCCCCCCCGAGAUGCCGUACGAUUACGAAUACGCCGACGCGUCCAUCGACCCUUUUGCGCAGACGGCAGGUACAGACGAUCUAUUCUUCGACGAUGACUUCACGCCGGUCGCCGAGCCUGUUGUUGAAGAAGCGCCUGUAGAAGUACCACCGCCAGAGCCGAUAUCCGACACCGCAAAACCAGCUGCUGGACUGGGCCAGUCGCAAUAUGCGCCGCGCGGCCCUGCGAAUGGAGAUCGAGGCGGUAGAGCCCGCGGGAGAGGCAGGGGUCGCGGACGAGGACGCGCUGGUUCUCAGGCACAGGAGCCACGAGAGCACAAGGAGAAGCUAGCGCAAGAGAAGGAUGCGAAGAAUGGCGAAGCACCGGCAGAAGCCGCUGCUGCAACGACUACCGUAGACACCACCGAAGCACUAGCUACGCCCGCCGUACCCAAAGAGCCCAAAUCCGUCCGCGGCGACCGCACCCUCACUGGCGGCACACCCCGCGCCCGCCUGACCGAAGAUCAAAUCAACGCUAAGCUCGCAGCGAUGAAGGCCAAAAACGAGGCUUUGGUCACAGCACACGCCCGCUCUGAAGCUGAUGCCGCAAACUUCGAAGCCCGCGAGGCAUUGGCCGCACAAAAGAAUGCUGAGCGCAAGAAGCAACAGGCGGAGAGACAAAAGGUGGACCGCCAGAACAGGCAACAGAUGAUGGGCGAAAGGGAGAGGAACAGGCAGUUAAAACUCAAGGCGCUUGGGGGCAGGGAAUGGGAUCUCGAGAAGGAGGGCGGUUUUGAAGGCACUGGCGAAGAGCGUCGGCGAGGCGCUGCGAGGGGUGCUCAUGGUGGUGUAACAGGAGUCACCAGGACCGUAGAUGCGGACCAACAACAGCACGAAUCCGAGAUUCCCUCCUCAGCACGUGGGCGAGGUCGAGGGCGCGGAGGACGGGGCGGCAGAGGCGGUCGCGGCGAUAACCAAGGCACUGCGAGAAAAGACCCCGAUGCCCAACAACCGCCUUCAGCGUCCGACUUCCCCGAACUUCCCUCUGCAUCGGCAUUGACGGCGAAGAAAGACGACGAAACGCCCAAGAAGCUCGAUUUCCCUAUUCGCACAAAGACCGAAGAUAUCAAGGCCACUGAGCCUGACCGCCCUGGCAUCAAGAAGCAGGAGUCCUUCGGCCUGCCUUCGCCGAUUGCGGGAAGAAGUUGGGCUGACCAAGUGGAUGACUCGUAG